AUGUAAAUUUUUGUAAAGACACUCACAGGAAAAACAAUUACUCUUGAUGUUGAACCAGAUCACACAAUCGAUUAAGUUAAAGCUAAAAUCUAAGAUAAGGAAGGAAUCCCACCUGAUUAAUAAAGACUUAUUUUUGCAGGAAAGUAAUUAGAAGAUGGAAGAACACUUUCAGAUUAUAAUAUUUAAAAGGAAUCAACCCUUCACUUAGUUUUGAGAUUGAGAGGAGGUUAAUGA